GCAGGAGACAUGGGAGGAAGUGUGGAGGAGUGGAGUGCAGAAUGUGCUGUGUGUUAUGCCCUUCACUUCCAAGAGUCUCUACCAGAUCUGACAUGUGACCACUGCUCUCAGGCCUUCCAUGUCCAGUGUUUAUAUGAGUGGUUAUGUGGCCUUACGAAUAGCCGGCAAAGUAUGAAUGUCAUUUUCGGGGAGUGCCCUUACUGCACGCAGGAUGAGGUCGUGGGUGGCGGUGCUGGUGGUGCUGGUGACGGUGGCGGCGGCGGAGAAGCUGGGUAACAUAGAGGUCAUCACCAGAGGGGAGCUGGGCCAGGAGGGUCACACGCCCCCCACAAGUUCUCUGGUUCUGGGUGACAGUGAGGCGAGAUUACGUGUUAAAAAUGAUCCCCCGCCGCCUCCUCCAAUCAGCUACCUGCCUCCGGUACAGACGCCGUUGCCCAUUGAGCCAACUGGGGUGCCUGGAGGAGUACCUGGGGUGGCACCUGGAGGGGUGUAUGUCCCCCCGGUCUUCACCCCGGUGGCAGCACCCUCCCCAGGCCAGGCCCCGACCGGCCUCUACGGACCCCCGCCCCAGGAGUCAUUCGCUAGCUUGGACAACUCCCCUGUGGCUGUCGGAGGUAUUGGCAUCAACCCUGGGGUAUCUACCAACAUUGGUGGGGAAUAUGAUGAGACAUACGUGGACACAAGCGAUGACACGGAAUCACGUCCAGAAGGGUUCCUCUCCAGUUUGAGGAACUCCAAAUUUGCUGUGCUCGGUGGGGUGCUGGGUGCCAAGGCUGCCGUGGCACAGGGCUUCAAGAAUGCCAAGGAGUCCUUCGUGUCGGGCAUCACCAGUGCCGUCGCAGCCAAGAGUGCCGCUUUCAGCAGCCUCAAGUCUGGCACGAGUUCUAACCAAGACAGUUACGAGAAUGAUGAUGGUGAGACCUAUGGCGUUGGGCAGUACCAAGAGGACAAUGAUGGUGGAAAGUACCAGGGAAGCUAUGGCAGUGGACAGUACCAGGGAAGCUAUGGCAGUGGACAGUACCAGGGAAGUUAUGGUGCUGGAGAAUAUCAAGGAAACCUUGGCAGUGGACAAUACCAGGGAAACCUUGGCAGUGGACAAUACCAGGGAAACCUUGGCAGUGGACAAUACCAGGGAAGUUACAGCGGUGGAGAGUAUCAAGGAAAUCUUGGGAGUGGUUCUAGUGACGGGCUGGUAGAAGUUGGCGGAGGGGCUGUGACACCAGUGACACCGGUUCCUCUUCCGGUCAGCACAUACCCUAUCUACCCUCCAUAUCCACAGCCUGUCUACUCUAAACCCAUCUACUCUCUGGCACUCUACCCUGUUGAGCCAGUCUACCGUCCCACUUUUAACCCCUUCGCCAGCAUUCAAGCUAAAGUAGAGGGCAUCAAAGCUAAGGUGGAGGGCAUUGCACAAGCUAAGGCAGCGGCAGUAGUUGGUGCCAUUGCCAAGUUCGAGGCAGCCAAGGCAAACCUGAAGAACAAGUUCACAUCUGGAUUCCAGAAAGGCGUCACAACCUACCAGUCAAAUCCAACCAAACCAAUUUACCCGUCCUACCAGGUUAACUUGGCUAAGCCAAAUUCCCAGACCUAUUCAGAUAAAACCUACCCAACUAAGCCAACCAAUCCGACUAAUCCAACCUCUCCAGUUAAUCUGACCUACCAGACAAACCAGACUAAUCAAAGUUACUCAACCAACCAGAGUUAUUCAACUAAGUCGACCUACCCACUCUCCCAAGGAGGACUCAGAGUGAAGGCAUUGCCCAAGGUGAGGGCACCUUUCUACGCCGUCCAGCCUGUUUACCUUUACUCAUAUGGCCGCCGCCCGUGGUAGCAUCUCCAAGAGGAGCUGCAGACACUUUGCAAGGUGAAGGUUCCUUGCUACACUUUCCAACUGUCUACUCCUACAGCUGCCACCCAUGGUAGCACCUUCUGCAGGAGCAGUGGUAGAGCAGCUGUGGUCAACUUGUGAUGCCCCAUGUUUGUCAUGCCUAGCUUUGUGUAACAAAUGACACAAUUUUCACAUAAUUGAGUGAUGUCAUCAGCAAGUGACAUCAUUGAGGAAAGGUAUCAACUUAAACUUAGUUCAUUUGCUGAUAUUUUGUCAGGGAUUCAUAUAUAUUUUGAAUAAAAUACAUACUUUAACUAGUUUUAGCUCUUAAGGAAUUACAGUACUGUAUUAAGUUUUAUCGACAAAAUUAUAAUGUAAAACUAUUA